AAGCUCGAGGUCGACGAUGAGAUGCCGCCCGCGACCGAGACCGAGCCCGAGGCCGACGACGGCACCGACGCGCCUCAAGGAGCCGCCGACGGCAACGACGACAGCGCCAUCAAGACCGAGGAGACGCCCGUCCAGAUGAACGUCGACUCGAGCGGCAUCCCGGCCAAGCCCGUCGUCGACCUCCCCGCCAACCCGGAGCAGGCGGCCCACGACGCGGCGCCGGCGUCGCAGACGAUCCAGAUGCGCACCCUCAUCGUCACCCAGGACGCGAGCAUCAUCAUCGGCAAGCAGGGCAAGAACAUCAUCGAGAUCCGCGAGAAGAGCGGCGCCAAGAUCACCAUCACCGAGGCCGUCCCGGGCAACCCGGAGCGCAUCAUGUCGGUCGGCGGCCCUCUCGACGCCGUGUCCAAGGCUUUCGGCCUCAUCGUCCGCCGCAUCAACGACGAGCCGUUCGACGUCCCCUCGGUCCCAGGCUCGCGCGCCGUCACGAUUCGCUUCAUCAUCCCGCACUCGCGCAUGGGCUCGGUCAUCGGCAAGGGCGGCAGCAAGAUCAAGGAGAUCCAGGAGGCGUCGGGCGCAAAGCUCCAGGCGAGCGAGGCCAUGCUUCCCGGCAGCUCCGAGCGCGUCCUGUCGGUCUCGGGCGUCGCCGACGCCGUCCACAUCGCCGUCUACUACGUCGGCUCGGUCCUCCAGGAGCACCCGCCGCAAGCUUCGAACCAGUCGUACCGCCCGAGCGGCGGCGACUACCGCGGCCCGCCUCCCGAGCGCGGCCCGCGCCCCGAACGUGGGCCCGGCGGCGCCGUGCCGGCCCAGGUCGGGCCCGGCGCGCAGACGCAGCAGCUGUACAUCCCGACUGAGCUCGUCGGCUCGAUCAUCGGCAAGGGCGGCAGCAAGAUCAACGAGGUCCGCUCCAUGUCGGCUUGCCAGAUCAAGAUUGCAGAGCCUGGCGAGGUCGGUCCCGGCGGCGCACCCAACGAGCGUCUCGUCACGAUCACGGGCCAGCCGGCGGGCAUCCAGGUGGCCGUGCGGAUGCUCUACCAGCGUCUCGAGCAGGAGAAGUCGAAGCAGCUGUCGUAGAUGGCGGGCCUGCUGGAGCUGCAUCUUCUCUGUCUUUCUUUGCG